AUGCCAGUUGACAAGAUCCGGGUCUCCGGUGAUCCUCGCAUCGAGUACAAGUCGGCCACGGUUAAUGGCCACAACUACGGUGAGUAUUCCAAACAAUUUGACCACCCCCAAACAGCGAAUAAAUGGAAAAUACCUCCGAGGAUUGUGCAAUAUCUGAUACUUCAUCCUCCAAACGCAGGUUAUCUCCUCUGUCAACCACAGGCAGGCAAGUAUCGAGCUACGAUCUUCCUGAUCCAUGGCUUCCCAGAUCUCUCCAUGGGAUGGCGCUACCAAAUCCCUAUGCUAGUGAACAUGGGGCUGCGAGUCGUCGCACCAGACUGCCUCGGCUACGGCCGAACGGACGCGCCCGAUGACUUUACACUUUACUCUCACAAACGCUGCGCGGAUGAUAUCAAGGCGCUCGCGUUUCAUCUAGGAGAGUCUAAGAUCAUCUUGGGCGGGCAUGACUGGGGCGCCGCACUGGCCUAUCGAAUCGCCCUCUGGCACCCAGAAUUAAUCAGCCACCUCUUCACCGUCUGCGUACCCUACGCCCGGCCUACGCCUACUUAUCUGUCACUGGAGGACCUCGUAAAGGGUGCAGCCCCGAACUUGGCGUAUCAGGUACACUUUGCCAGCGGAGAACUUGAGAAAUUUGUCCGUUCCAAGAGCGAGAUUAAGCAGUUUCUGACUGCGCUCUAUGGGGGCCGGACGGCAGAGGGGGAGAUUGGAAUUGAUGCUGAGAAGGGGGUGUUUUUGGAUAAACUUCCCGGGUUGAGACCUUCGCGGUUAUUGAGCGAAGAGGAGUUGGAUUAUUAUGCGACCGAGUUCUCUAGGAGUGGUGUCCAUGGGCCAUUGAACUGGUACCGAACUCGGAAGGUCAACUAUGAAGAGGAGUUGGCUAUUCUUGAUCGCAAGAUUACCAUUCCAGUUCUUUUCAUCCAGGCUCUCAGGGACCCGGCUCUACCGCCGCACUUGGGCAAAACAAUGGGCAAGCAUGUGCCUAACCUGACCUUGAAACAGGUGAAUACUGCUCACUGGGCGCUGUGGGAGAAGCCUGAAGAGGUGAAUGGCAUUAUUUCGACUUGGUUGAAGGAGGUUGCGUUUGGGGAUGGCCGCUUGGGGAAACUUUGA